UCCCGGCACCUCCCUCCCUCUCCAUCCCUCCCUCCACCCUCUCGCCAGCCCUGGGCUCUAACUGCAGCAAGCAGAGACAACUUCUUCCUCUCUCAUCACCAGCGCCCACCCUGACCCUGGCCCACACUUGAUGGUGACCUGCAGGCCAGCCAGAAACAUGAGGCUGGCCCACACUCUGCUGCCCCUGCUGCUACAGGCCUGCUGGGUGGCCGCACAGGACAUCCAGGACUCCAAAGCUAUUGCCUUCCAAGACUGCCCUGUGGAUCUGUUCUUCGUGCUGGAUACCUCGGAAAGUGUGGCCUUGAGGCUGAAACCCUAUGGGGCCCUGGUGGACAAGGUGAAAUCCUUCACCAAGCGCUUUAUCGACAACCUGAGAGACAGGUACUACCGCUGUGACCGCAACUUGGUUUGGAAUGCGGGUGCGCUGCACUACAGUGACGAGGUGGAGAUCAUCCGAGGGCUCACGCGCAUGCCCAGUGGCCGCGACGAGCUCAAGGCCAGCGUGGAUGCGAUCAAGUACUUCGGCAAAGGCACCUACACGGACUGCGCCAUUAAGAAGGGGCUGGAGGAGCUGCUCAUAGGGGGCUCCCACCUGAAGGAGAACAAGUACCUGAUCGUGGUGACGGAUGGGCACCCUCUAGAGGGCUACAAGGAACCGUGUGGGGGCCUGGAAGACGCAGUGAAUGAGGCCAAACACCUGGGCAUCAAAGUCUUCUCUGUGGCCAUCACACCUGACCACCUAGAGCCACGGCUAAGCAUCAUCGCCACAGACCACACAUACCGGCGCAAUUUCACAGCCGCUGACUGGGGGCAUAGCCGCGAUGCAGAGGAGACCAUCAGCCAGACGAUUGACACCAUUGUGGACAUGAUUAAAAAUAAUGUGGAGCAAGUGUGCUGUACCUUUGAGUGCCAGGCUGCCAGAGGACCUCCUGGGCCCCGAGGUGACCCUGGCUAUGAGGGGGAACGAGGAAAGCCUGGUCUUCCCGGAGAGAAGGGAGAAGCUGGAGACCCUGGAAGACCUGGGGAUCUUGGACCAGUCGGGUACCAGGGUAUGAAGGGAGAAAAAGGGAGCCGCGGAGAGAAGGGCUCCAGAGGACCCAAAGGCUACAAGGGUGAGAAAGGCAAGCGUGGCAUUGACGGGGUGGACGGCAUGAAGGGGGAAACGGGGUUCCCAGGACUACCAGGCUGCAAGGGCUCUCCAGGAUUCGAUGGCAUUCAAGGACCCCCAGGUCCUAAGGGGGAUGCUGGUGCCUUUGGCCUGAAAGGAGAAAAGGGUGAAGCUGGAGCAGACGGUGAGCCUGGGAGACCAGGGAGCUCAGGGCCACCUGGAGAUGAGGGUGAUCCGGGAGAGCCUGGUCCCCCUGGAGAGAAAGGAGAGGCCGGUGACGAGGGGAACGCUGGCCCAGAUGGUCCCCCUGGAGAGAGGGGUGGCCCUGGUGAAAGGGGACCUCGGGGGACCCCUGGUGUGAGAGGCCCAAGGGGAGACCCGGGUGAAGCUGGACCACAAGGUGACCAAGGAAGAGAAGGCCCUGUUGGCAUCCCUGGAGAUUCGGGUGAGGCUGGCCCCAUUGGACCUAAAGGAUACCGAGGUGAUGAGGGUCCUCCAGGCCCUGAGGGUCUCAGAGGAGCUCCAGGACCUGCUGGACCCCCUGGAGACCCGGGACUGAUGGGCGAAAGGGGUGAAGAUGGUCCACCAGGAAAUGGCACAGAAGGUUUCCCCGGCUUUCCCGGAUAUCCAGGCAACAGAGGCCCCCCUGGUUUAAACGGCACAAAGGGCUACCCUGGCCUCAAGGGGGAUGAGGGUGAAGUUGGAGACCCAGGAGACGAUAACAAUGACGUUUCACCCCGUGGGGCCAAAGGGGCAAAGGGGUACCGAGGCCCAGAAGGACCCCAGGGACCUCCAGGACAUGUGGGACCACCUGGGCCAGAUGAGUGCGAGAUUUUGGAUAUCAUCAUGAAAAUGUGCUCCUGCUGUGAGUGCACAUGCGGCCCCAUUGACAUCCUCUUCGUGCUGGAUAGCUCUGAGAGCAUUGGCCUACAGAACUUUGAGAUUGCCAAGGACUUCAUCAUCAAGGUCAUUGACCGGCUGAGCAAGGAUGAGCUGGUCAAGUUUGAACCAGGGCACUCACAUGCAGGCGUGGUACAGUACAGCCACAACCAGAUGCAAGAGCACGUGGACAUGCGGAGCCCCAACAUCCGCAACGCCCAGGACUUCAAAGAAGCCGUGAAGAAGCUGCAGUGGAUGGCUGGCGGCACAUUCACAGGAGAGGCGCUGCAGUACACCCGGGACCGGCUGCUUCCACCCACCCAGAACAACCGAAUCGCUCUGGUCAUCACAGAUGGGCGCUCUGACACUCAACGGGACACAACACCCCUCAGUGUGCUUUGUGGCCCAGACAUUCAGGUAGUUUCCGUGGGCAUCAAGGAUGUGUUUGGCUUUGUCGCGGGCUCUGACCAACUCAACGUCAUUUCCUGCCAAGGCCUAUUGUCACAAGGCCGGCCUGGUAUCUCCCUGGUGAAGGAGAACUAUGCAGAGCUUCUAGAUGACGGCUUUCUGAAGAACAUCACAGCCCAGAUCUGCAUAGAUAAGAAGUGUCCGGAUUAUACCUGCCCAAUCACAUUCUCCUCCCCGGCUGACAUCACCAUCCUGCUAGAUGGCUCAGCCAGUGUUGGCAGCCACAACUUCGAAACCACCAAGGUCUUCGCCAAGCGCCUGGCUGAGCGCUUCCUGUCAGCAGGCAGGACGGAUCCCUCCCAGGAUGUGCGGGUAGCUGUGGUCCAGUACAGUGGCCUAGGCCAGCAACAGCCAGGGCGGGCAGCUCUUCAGUUCUUGCAGAACUACACAGUGCUGGCCAGCUCUGUGGACAGCAUGGAUUUCAUCAAUGACGCCACAGACGUCAAUGACGCCCUGGGCUAUGUAACUCGUUUCUACCGAGAAGCCUCAUCGGGUGCCACCAAGAAGAGAAUCCUGUUGUUUUCAGAUGGCAACUCACAGGGGGCCACAGCGGAGGCCAUUGAGAAGGCUGUGCAGGAGGCCCAGCGUGCAGGCAUUGAGAUCUUUGUGGUGGUGGUGGGACCCCAGGUGAAUGAGCCCCACAUCCGUGUGCUUGUCACUGGCAAGACCGCGGAGUAUGAUGUGGCCUUUGGUGAGCGCCACCUAUUCCGUGUACCAAACUACCAGGCCCUGCUUCGUGGCGUAUUCUACCAGACAGUCUCCAGGAAGGUGGCACUGGGCUAGAGGGCCGCACAUGUGGCUGUGCGCAUGGGGACACACUCUGACCGGCCUUCCUGCCCUUCCCACCACUGACCAAACAGGAGUAGGAAAUGUGACCCAAAUGUUCCUGACCAGCUGGUCAGUUCCACUGUCUUAGAGGGAAGGCUGAGAUGCACACUGUUGGCUUUGUAUAAUGUCCUCCGUGGCUCACCCGAGCGCCUGUCUAUAUUCCUCCCUCGAUUUGUGCUUGCUGACCUCCCUCCACAUCUGGGCUGCACCCAGUCAUCUCAUCUUCCUCCUCGCUGCCCCUAACCAUUUCCACACCAUCCCUGCAGCUUCUGUCUGUGUCGAGUCUUCCACACUCAAAGUGAAGCAAACCCUCACGUGAGCCCAGCUUGCCGGGUUACGGCUUUUAGGAAAAUUGAGAUCAAGAGCAUUUUCAAACACAAACGUGGAGGAGACCGCUCCUCUUCAUCAGGUGCUUGUCAGUGACCGACGUGGACCUUGGUCCUGGCCCUUAAGAGCGGCUCAGCAUGAGCAGCCGGAGAUGCUGGCUCCCGCCUCUUGUCCUUGCUCUCUGAGAGCAAAGGUGCUACCUGCAAGGGCCUCCUGUGCAGAGAGGCUUAGUCUGGACAGCUCACACUCGAGCGUCCUGUCAGAACCAGUCCAGAGCUCCUGCUCCUCACACUGGUGACUUGUCCUCCCUUUUGAAGACUUCCUUUAGUUAGUUUUGUCAUGGUCCCCCAUGCUCCCCUCAUCUGGCCCAAGCCAACUAUCUCUGCUAAUAAAGGUUUCCAUUUUU